CUGCAAAUUUCACCUGCCACUAGGCCAAGUUCGCCGUCGUCGAGGAAGAAUGUUUCCACAGUCGAUUCCAGUGCAUCAAUUACCAUUGUCAGAAAGCAAGCACCAACUCAUACUCGUGUGCGUGAUCGAUUGCUUGGUCUUCUGUCAGCGUCAGGAUUACGUGUGGACCUACCGUCGGCGGUCUCCGUUGUAUUUUCGCAGAGUGAUCUAGUCAGCACCGCUUCGUCAAAUGAAAGAAUUUGUACUUCGUCACAGGAAAUCGCUUCCACAACGUCAUUACCCGAUCCUUCGGCAAGCAUCACCGACUCUUUCCCAAGAGUCUUCAAAGAAUUCGAUUUUUUGGAAGCGGAACACGAUAGUGUUUCUGAGACUGCAGACAGCUGCUUUGGAUGGUUGUCGACAAUGCGCCCAAGAUCAAUAGGUGAUGAACCACCUCACGACGACGAUGUUGAUCUAGAUGAAGACGAGGUAUGUUGUGUGGAUGAAGAUGAAGAUGGCAAAUUUUUCAUAUUUGUAUUACGUUCGUAUGAUACAACACAUCAAUUCAGACAAGAGUCAAUAGAUGGGUCAUCGUUCUGCUGUCGCUCGCGUGCCUCAGUUUGUGAAUUAUACUCACAGAAAACUCCACUAACACUUUCUGUGUACAUCCAGUGUCCACAUCAUCUUGAUGGAAAGGAUGAUUCCGAAGGCGAACUUACGGCGUACGCGACUCUACUAUUCACACAGCUUUUCAGGUCGUGCUGUGGUCGAGUAACAUCGUUGUUACGUGAUGCGAUGCACAUUCUGUCUUCACGUUCAUUGACUCGAACACUUGCUCAAGCGCAAGGUGUCCUAACUGAAGUUGCGGAUUGUCCAUUCCUCUUCGUCACUGCACAAUAUCUUCGUUGUUCUGGAGUUCUUUCUCGUUUGAAACUUUCAUUGUUUGAGCUUCGCGAACAUUGGGAGACGUUUAAUGAAAGAAAGGAGCAAAGCAUUCGGGUUAGUUCAGCGUUCUCAUUUGCGUAUACGUUGUCUCCGGCAGUGUUGGAUCAUCAGAGGGAACUGUUGAUUUGUGUCGCUGACUUACCCCAACGCGAUUUGCAAUCUUCUGUACUUUCGGAGCAUUCUGGCGAUUCUUUAGUACUGCUGAUGACCAACAAACGUUAUGCGCAAGCCCUGCAUACUUUAAGACAACUCAGGACAGCGUUUGGGCAAGAAUUUGGUUGUUGUGAGGCGUCUGACAUCGACGUGCUGCUGCUGCUGUUUUGCCGAAGUCAUUUGCUAAAGGCAUGGGCUUUAGUGGGUGCUGUCCCUGAUGUUCUCAGACGACAGAGUCAGUGCCUUCGUGAUGCCAACGCGGAUAUGGCUUCGGCAGUACGACGUCUAGCUUCCGAUUCAGCACCGUCUCAUAGAACCACAGCAUCAUCGUUGACCGAUUCAUUCCAGAAGAUUUCGUAUCUUCCAGAUUGA